UAAAUAGGAUGGAAUUGUGAAGGGAGAAAGAAAAAGUUUGAGAAUCCCUCUGGUUUCACUAAAACUAACAAUUACAAUCCUUUUGCUGAAAAAGAAAAGCAGGUCAUCAAUAUGUUAAGAGAAAAUAGGUCACGGCGAUUACUGCAGUUGGCCCAUUGCCAAAGAAAAAGAAAAUGACGGUUGUUAAAUUUAUAGUGGGAUAGGCUUAUCACUAACUACCAAUGUGCUGUAUAAAGAUUAGAGUUUUAUAUGAUGUGUGCAAAAUCAAGAUGCCUUCACAACUGACUUAAUUAGUAGAAGAAAAUUAUUGUUUACACUUUGCAAUCUCUUCUAAAGGUGCAAAAUGAAUAAAGGUAUUUCAAUUAACAAAGAUAGUCUGGUGGAUGUUACUGACACAAGUGUCACUGACGAGUUUGUCGCUGAAGAAAAUGUGUGCUAUGGUGAAUAUGAAACCCAGACUACAAGUGGCGAGGAAGCAGAUCUACACAGAGAUCUUCAUAGCUGCAGGAAGAAUCCAGGUCAUACAAAGUUUAUUCCUGUGGAAAAAUUCACCCAGCAAGAUCUUCCCGAGCACUACCGCAAAGAUGACAUUUUUGGGCUGAUUAAAUCUGUAGCUGACUUGACGGUUAGAAUUAGUGUCAGUUUGGUUAGUCCAAAUAGACCAGAGUUCUUGCCAAACACAAGCAUUCCAUAUUUUUUAUAUCAUAAAAGAGGACUUAAACACGCAAGGACGGGAACUGGAAAGGUGUCAGCUGUGACCAGGUUCACUGAUGGUGUCAGCGACUUUAAACAUGAGCACUGGAAAGACUAUACCACUUGCUGGUGCAAAAAAUGUAGAUGUUCGGACACACCAAGCAACGUCUGGUGGGAGAUAGAUGUCAACACUGCCGCACAUGUGAUCUUCGAUGACAUUGAGGCGAACCAAUCACUUCUGAGGCUUUUCUACGACAGAGUAGAUAGCCCCAAGAUCAUCAUUGAUAGCGUAGGCUUCCUCGAAGCAGAUUCUGAAAGAGAUACUUCACGGUUGAAAUGCGUAACGUGUGACAGUGAUCUUGGCGACAGACUCUACAAGAUGUACAGAAGCUUUGAUCACAUUUUCUGGCGAGUGCGCAUCCGGUACCAUAGCAUAAGAGAUGUGAACAGCUCUAUUUUGUGUAUGCUCUGGUUUCUCGAGUUAUGGCAACCCAAAAAGAUGACGACUAUUCUAAUAACAUAUUGGCCUAACUAAGGUUAAAUAUCAUUUUAGUUUAAUGUUCUUGUUUGAUAUGUAAAAAAAAUUCUUUAAAAGAAAAAAAUCUAAUGCUUUAUUUGAUUAUUAAUAAUUUCAUCAAUAUGGGUAUUUCAUGAUAAUUUUUCAUAUAUUAUCAGGCCUAGAUAUUUUUAUUUUUUAGUCUUGUGACUGGUUCACCAUGAACAAGAUAAUUAGUUUUUUGUUUUGUUUUUGCAAAACUUAUAUAUCAGCUCACUUUGUGUUCUGUUGUCACAGAGAAAUAAAUAAAAUACUGUAGACAUUAAUAUUAACAAUUAAUGAACAGAGCAUUUGUAUUGAUAUAAAUAGACAUUGAAGACUAUCAUUUUAUUACGUCACAUCCUUUUAAGUACUGUUAUAACCCUAUUCACGACGCAAAAGGGUUAACUGUGUGUGAUCAGCUGACAUAUGUGACACAGGCCAGUAAUACAGUUUAGCGUGCUAUAUUGAAAGGCAUGGGACAGUACUGGCAUGAACUUUGCAUGUGAAUAGCGACCGUGUUAUGGUCAUCUGAUCAUAAGCCUGCGCAGACCAGAGACACAGUGUGUAAGAAAGCGGCAGUUCAAGACCGGAGAGCAUUGAGACCGGGACUGUUAGUCGGCCAUGAAGUCGGUCCUG